UUAAUUUUAGCUGCAAAAUUAUUUAUCAGUAUAUAAAUAAAUUGGUAAAUUCUUCAAUUGUGGUGAAGCCAGAAGGAUUUUUCUUUAUCAAUCGUGGUGAGUUCUUUCUCUAGAUUUUUGAUUUUCCGAAUCGAAAUUUGUAUGAUAUUUGAAGAUCGUUGUUGGAUUCUGAAUCUCUCUUUAAAACCCUAAAUAAUGUUUUGACGACUGGAAAAGAAAACCCAAAUCUCGAUCACGCUUUUGAUUUUUCUAAGUUUCGUGUGGAAUCUGUGGAAAAACAUGGAUUUUUGGGUGAAUUUAAUGUGAAUUUUGAAAGAUUUUUACUCGUAAUGAAUCUUCUUUGCAUAUGUUCAAUUGUUUCUUAAGUGGAUUAAGAAGACUAUAGCAUUAGGGUUUAUAUAAUAGAGUAAAAAAAAAGUGAAUCGAAAUCAGGAUUAAGCACAAUGUUAAUUAGUAGUGUAAAUUGUUGUUAAUUUGAGCUAUGAUUAGUGUUAAUUAGUUAUCGGGCUUUGACUGAAUUUUGAGAAUUUGUGAGUGUUGUUCUGAAUUUGAUAAACAUAUGUUAACUGCAGAUUUGAUUACACUCUGGUUUCAGUUUCUCCUCUGCUUCAAUGGUUAAACUCCAUUGUUAGUUUGAUCUAUGAUCAGUUUGUCGAUAAAGCACACAUAAACCGAGCUUUUGAUUUGAUUCCUAUGGCUGAAUUUCGAAAUGUCUCGAGUCUUUUUUUGAUAAAAAAUGUUAUGUGCAGUUUCAGGUUCUCUGCUUCAAGAUUCAAUGGUUAACUCAAUCAAAGGAGUCUUCAUCUCAUGCGAUGUUCCCAUGGCACAGUUCAUUGCACAUUUGAAUAAUUCGUUGCCUGCUUCACAGAAGUUCAUAAUUCGAGUACUGAAACUGGACACUACUUGUAUAUUUGUGAAGCCACAUGCUGAGGAGAUGAUCCGUAGUGCCUUCAUCAAUUUCAGGGAUCAAAACUCUUACGCAAAGGCCAAUUGAGCGGUUUUUUUUCUCGGUUUUCGGUUACUAGAUGUCGAUUUUUGAUCUUAAUAUAAUGUGAGAUCAACAAGGAUUUGUGGGAAAUCUCUGAUGGAGAUAAACAUGUUUGUUAUAAAAAAAAAAAAAUUCUAUUGUUCUGACAAAA